UAUCGCUGCCUGCUCUCUGUAGGUGAAGCAGCGCCGCCAGUCUAAAGCAGGUGUCCAACAUGGCGAACGUGGGGAGCGGAUCUCUCUCUACAUCUCUCUUUUUACUCUUCGUUUCUGCAGCUUUUCCUCUGAAAGGAGCUGCUCAGACCAUCCAAGCAUUUGGUCAAAACCUGGAGACUGAUAAUGUCUCAGUGGUGGAGGGAGAGACAGCCACCAUCAGCUGCCGAGUUAAAGACAACGACGACUCUGUUAUUCAGCUCCUCAAUCCAAACAGACAGACCAUCUACUUCAGGGAUGUAAGACCAUUGAAAGACAGCCGUUUUCAGCUGGUCAACUUCACUGACAACGAAUUAAGAGUGGCCCUGUCUAAUGUGUCGAUUUCUGAUGAAGGAAGAUACGUAUGUCAACUGUACACCGACCCUCCUCAGGAAGCCUAUGCCGAAAUUACUGUACUGGUCCCACCAGGCAACCCGAUGAUUGAAUCCCGAGAGGACAUCAUCAAUGAAGGAAACGAGACAGAAAUAACGUGCUCUGUCACAGGAAGCAAACCUGCUGCCAAAAUCAGAUGGCUGAAGGGAGGCAAAGAGCUGCAAGGGAACUCUUCAAUCAAGGAAGAUGAUGAGAAAAUGUACACAGUGACUAGUAAAGUGAUUCUCACCGUCACCAAGGAUGAUGAUGGAGUUCCUGUCAUCUGCAUGGUGGAUCAUCCAGCUGUGAAAGACUUCCAGACGCAAAAAUACCUUGAAGUUCAGUAUAAACCCAAAGUGAUGAUCAUCAAGAGCUCUCCAAAGGAAGAUCCAAGAGAAGGAGAACGCUUAGAACUGAGCUGCACAGUGGAGAGUAAACCAAAAGCUCAGUUUGUACGUUGGAUCAAGGUAGAUGAUGAGCUGCCUCUCCAGACAUCACUGAAAGGGUCAGAACUGUCCAUCGAGAAUCUGAACAAGUCCUACAAUGGCACAUACAGAUGUAUGGCAGCCAACUCCAUUGGGGAAUCCUGGGCUGACUUUAACCUCAUUGUGCGUGAUGCUCCCACUACCACCCCCUUACCCACUACAACCACCUCUCCCACUACAACCAGUUCCACUACCACUUCCACCGCCACCACCACCUCUGUCAUGUCAACUGCCAUCGAAGACAACUCGCCGACUUCAGAGCCUGCAGUUCACGACUCUAGAGCGAGUGAUGCUGGACCCAGAGGAGUAGACCAUGCUGUCAUAGGGGGAGUCGUUGCAGUGGUUGUGUUCGCUAUGCUGUGCCUCCUUAUUAUUCUCGGACGAUAUUUUGCCAGACACAAAGGGACCUAUUUUACCCAUGAAGCCAAAGGUGCAGAUGAUGCAGCAGACGCAGACACUGCAAUCAUCAAUGCAGAAGGAGGCCACAACAGUACGGACGACAAGAAAGAGUAUUAUAUCUAAGUCGGCUUGGAUUACAAGGUGUCCAAUGCUGCACACUUACCCAGUGUGUGGGGGUGUGGGG